GCUUGACCUUUGGUCUUGUCAAUUCUGUAUUGACAAUUGACAUAGUAUUAAAUUGCGAUUGAAGUAUAUACGUUUUGUAAAUGAUAGUUACUAAAUUUUAACUCUAACAAUUUUUUUUAACUUUCCACCUUGAACAUACAAAGUUUGGAAUAAUAACGAAAAAUGUCACAAACGGUGCCACUUAUUGUACGACUUUUAGCAUCUUCCGUAUCUGUCGCUAACAGAGCUGGAAAAAUUGUUAGAGAUGUCAUGAGUAAAGGGGAACUUGGUAUUGUUGAAAAGGGAAAGGAUGAUUACCAAACAGAAGCUGACAGAUCAGCUCAGCGAUGUAUAAUUGCCUCACUCUCUGCUCAGUAUCCACAGGUAAACAUUAUUGGUGAAGAGGAUGGAAAUGAGAGCCAACCCUCUGGUGAAUUCCUGGUUUUGGAUAGUGAUAGUGAAAUAUUGGCUUUAGAAUGUCCAAAAAGUUUACUUGGUGUAAAAGAAGAAGACAUUGUUGUUUGGGUUGAUCCUUUGGAUGGUACAUCAGAAUAUACUCAAGGUGCCUUAAUGUUGAAGAGAGACCCAUGGGAAAGAUGGAAAAUGUACUUAACUCAUCCUUUUAUCAGUAUCAAAUGGUAUUUAAGUUUACUGCAAUCAAACUAUGGGUUUCUUGAACAUGUGACUGUCCUUAUAGGGAUAUCAGUUAAUGAGAAACCUGUUGCUGGUGUGAUACAUCAACCAUAUUACAAAACCAUUGUGGGCAGUGAAAAAAAAUUGGGUCGCACAAUUUGGGGUUUAAAAGAUGUUGGUGUUGGUGGUUUCACAAUAGCACCACCCCCCGAUUCCUUAAUCAUAACCACUACUAGAAGUCAUUCAAACCCUCUGGUUGAAAAUGCCCUUCAAGUAAUGAAGGCUGCUCAAGUGCUUAGAGUUGGUGGAGCGGGAUACAAGGUCUUGCAACUUUUGGAAGGAAAAGCGUCAAUUUACGUUUUUGCAAGUCCAGGCUGUAAAAAAUGGGACACAUGCGCCCCUGAAGCGAUAUUAAGUGCAGCAGGUGGAAAAUUAACAGAUAUUCUGGGAAACUUCUACAAAUAUGGAGCAUCCGAAUCAAAACCUAAUAAAACUGGUGUUCUCGCUGCUGUUAAUUCUGACCUUCAUAAUUAUGCUGUUAAUAGAAUACCACAGGAGUUAAAGGACAAGCUUGCUAACUAACUUACUUGCUAAUAAAUGUUGAAGUGUAUAUAUUUAUAAAUUGUAUAUAUUAUUUGAAAUAAAAUACAAUUAUGUAUAAAUGUU